UCUCAAAAAACCUCAAUCGUUUUUAAAUUAAAACAACAAAAUUAUGGAUGAGGAGGAGCACCUACAUCGUUAUGGAACACCUUUGGAUCCUUUGGAAAAAGAUGAAGUGCCCGCCAAGAAACCGUUGGGCAUAGAAGAUCAAGUUGUUAAGGAUGAGAAUGGUAAACGGCGAUUCCAUGGAGCCUUUACCGGCGGCUUUAGUGCUGGCUUUUGGAACACUGUCGGCUCACUGGAGGGAUGGACACCACAGAAUUUCAAGAGUUCUCGCGCUGAGAAGGCCACACCAAGGGCUCAACAGAGGCCAGAGGAUUUCAUGGACGAGGAGGAUUUGGGUGAAUUUGGUAUUGCACCGCAAGGAAUACGCACGCGAGAUGAGUUUGCCAAGGAAAGCGAGCUAGAGCAGCGGACAGGUCAAAGGAAGCGAAAACUAAUGCAGGCACCAGCGUCGGGUCCAAUUCCUGGAGUACCUGUGCUAGAGCAGCUCUUAAAGCCGGUCAAAGAUAAAGUUGCAGUGCGAAUACUCAAGAGCAUGGGCUGGAAACCAGGACAGGGUGUGGGACCAAGACAAACCAAGAAAGAGAAGCAACAGGCUAAGACGAGGAACACGAGAGAACAGUAUCUUCUUGAGCAUUAUGGAGCAGAGCCAAAAGAAGAUCAACAGCAAGACGAGGCCGUUGUUGACGCUGACGAUGACGAUGAUGAUGAAGAGGAUAUAACUUUUGCUCCUGAUGAUUAUGAACCAGUAUUUUAUACACCUAAAGAGAAUCGAUUCGGCAUGAGCUAUUCUGGCUUGAAUCGUGAUCCCAUCUUGUCCAAAUCGUCAUCCGCAUCUGGGGCGAAUGUCAUGCAGCAGUUUAAUCUCUUUGGUGAUUUGGAAACUAAAUCGCAUCCCAAGAAAGUAACCAUUAGAGGCCAGGCAUUCGGUGUUGGCGCAUUCGAGGAAGAAGACGAGGAUAUCUAUGCCCGCGAUGAUAUGACGCGCUACGAUUUUACAUUGGAAAAUAAGAAACCCAAACAAAAAAAGGUACAACAUGUCCAGCAAAGACAUGUGAUUGAAGGAUUCAGUGAAGACAAGUCUGGAGUAUCUUCGCAGAAGCCUUUUGCAAUUGAUCUGCCAAGGGAUUUUAGUCCUAGAAAUUGGCUACAUCGUCGAAGUCGCUUUGAACCCUUGGCUAAGGAGAAGAUCAGACAAUUGGAGGCGGAUAAUGAGUAUAAAAAGGCAGGUCUUGGCAGGCAUGAUUUGAAUCCCAACCAGAGAGCAAAACUAUUAGGUGAAGCCGCCAUAUCAGCAGAGGAACCCACCAAGAAAAAUCCUUUCAAAGAUAAGGGAAAAUCAUUGCUAGAAAGAAUCACAUCCAAGGGCAAUAGUUUUACCACGGGUGGCGUAAUCACAGAAACGGGAGAAGAACAGCCUCAAAAGCCAAAGGCUAUUGAUGUCACCAAAGAGGUGGUACAAUCAAAUGCAGCCAUUUUAGAGAAAGCUUCUCUAAAAACCAAGGAUUUGGCUCCCUUGGCACCCAAAGCCGGAUUUAAGCCAUUUCUCGCUGAUGAGGCCAAACAGCAGCGUUAUGAGAAAUUUCUAGAAGCCAAUCUCAAAGAUGAAACAAAGAUUACAGAGUUCUUAUCGAAUCUGCAACCUGUAACACUUUCUUUAUGGGAUCGAGAAAUGGAAAAAAAGGAAUUCAUACAGGCUGCAAAAAUCUAUCGACCUCUGGCAGGCCUUAUGUACGAUAGAUUCGUUUCAGAGGCCUCGGUCCAAGCGGAUAAGGUGGACAGUGCUAAGGACGCCGUUCCUCAAGAAACUAAACAGAUUAUUAUGGAACGAACAAAAACCAUGUGGAAACCAUCCUCACUGCUUUGUAAACGCUACAAUAUAGCUGAACCUUUUGGUGGAGCGAUGAUAGAACCUGAAAAGGAAUUGAAAGCGAAGCCCAAAAUGUCUAUAUUCGAUUAUCUGGAAACUUCCAUAAAUACCAAAGCGAAUUUUCAAACGCCAACCAUAAUACCCAAGCAUAUAGAGAAGCCGAAAGAAGUUCCACCUCUUCCAGCUCCAGUACCAUUAGCUCCUCCCGUUUUGGAAGCGUCGAAAUCUUCGCAAUCUAUUGAUCCUCCUCCCUCGUCUAGUAAAGUCACUUUUGUGCCGAAAACUGCUUUAGAGAAAGCUGUAGAUGAAUCACGGGAUCGUCCCAUCUCGGAAAAAGUCGAUCUUUUCAAGAGCAUCUUCGAUGAUAGCGAUGAGGAGCAAGAAGAACAAGUGGUGGAAAACGCUGUGGAGGAGUUACCCGAAGAUAAACUAUCCGCCAUGCAAGCAGCCUUAGGGCUACCAAGUACAUCCACAUCAUCGGCAGCGGCUGUAAAUAUUCUUAGAAAUAAUUCACCACCUCGUGGCAUAUUUGCUGCCCUAUUUAAGCCUCCUGCUGAGGAUCAGCCGCCCAAGGAUACUCCGCCUCCGAAAUUCGCACCCAUCGAAGGUAAUAAACUGAAAAUAUCUUACAAAUCCCGCGAAGAACGUUUGCGAAACGACAAAGAACUAGCCAUGGCUGAUGUCCCAAAAGAAGAUCUCUAUGGGCCCAAGUUACCAACUAGUCAGCAAAAGAUCCAGGCGGUGGAUUCUGAAGAGACAUCUACCGAUGCUAAACUCCAAGAGCUUCUCCUGCAGCAUGGUUCAAGGAAACGCAAGCCUGAUCAAUGGGUCGAAAAGAUUCUCGAUUCCAGCGAUGAUAGUGAGGAUGACAGUGACACUGAUGCUUCCAGUGACAGCAGCUCGGAUAGGAUUAAGAAGUCCAAAUCCAGUAAAGCAAAAAAAUCGCACAAAACUGAAAAAUUAAAAAAGUCCAAAAAAUCUAAACAGAAAUCGAAAAAAAAAUCGAAAAAAAGUGACAAGACAAAGCACAAGUCCAAGAAAAAGAAGAGCAAACACUAGGAUAAGAAAUAUUUUUAAAUCAAUUUAAGAAAUUAUACAUAUAAA